AUGAAGCGGUCGCUUAUACCAAAGUCUGUUGUUAACUUGCGAAAUUUAAACAAACAAAACAUACAAAUUGACAAGCGCGACAAGACGACAAACAGAUCGUCAGCAAAAAAAAAUUAAGAGAGUGUCAACGGUUAUAACUAAAAUAAAAGUAAAACAAUGGUGGAGACCGUAAUUACCGUGGAACGCACAACAACCACAACAACUGGGCAACCUGGUCCAGCAGCCGGCGACAAUGGCGGCUUCUGGAGCGCAGUGCGUCUGAACAUAGAUUACUUCAGAACUGUACCGGGAAUUAUAAAGAUUAUUCAGUUGAUAUUGGGAAUUAUUUGUAUGGCGCUUGCAUCGCCGGCUCUGGCAUCAGCUACGGGUUUCUUUUUGUUUGCGGUUGUCAUCUCUUUCAUCAUAACCAUCUUGCUGAUGGCCGCCUAUUUCCUGGGCAUACGCGAAGCACUCAAUGUGGCCAUCAAUUGGAUUUUCUCUGAACUUUUGACGACCGCUGUGCUGACAUUGCUGUACUUCAUUGGCUUUGUGGUGCAGCUGGCCAGAUGGGCAGAGUCGAAUCAAUACGGACAUGGCUCCAAUACGGCAGCUGGCGUCUUUGGCUUGUUCAACUUCUUGGCUUAUGCGGCGGGCACGUUCUUCUUGUUCCAAGCGCAUAGAUCUGGCGCUACGCACUAGAUAGAGAGAGAUAGAGCGUUGGAUGCAUCACUGAGGAGCAGCUGCAUUUGCAGCGCAUGCGCCGCUCCGGGUUGACCUGAGUUUUGAUUCACUUAACGAUAGUCUAGAUAGAAAGCUGCGAGCUCACCAAACAUAGCAUAGAAUUUUAAGCUUAGUGCAAUAUUUACAUUUGUUAUUUUAAAGUUGGUUUUUUUUAUUAUUAUUAUUAUUGUGUAGUUUAAAAACACCCAUGCAAAAUUCAUAAUUAACUUGCUGGCUACAACGAAAGUUAUAACUAAAAAAAGAGCUCAAGGCAAAAGCUCGAUCAGAUGAAUGGCAAUCAAGCUCAGUGCUCUCUCGGCUCGUUUAUCGUGCGACUUGAUUUGUUUUUAAUGUUAUUUUAAUGCUUACUUUAACGCCUGCUAACACCUAAGAAAUAAAAACACACACACACACAAUGCAACAAAAACUAAAUAUCGCAACAAAUUAAGUUCAAUAAAUUAUUUGUAUUUUGUAAUUGAAAACAAUUUGUGUU